CAAUGUGUUUGACUUUUUAAGUUAGUCCAGUGUUUAAUGUUUAAUGUGUUCAGCUAAUUUUCUGGCUACGUUGACAUAACAUCAUCUUCUGGAUUCUCAAAGCGAUUAAUGGAAAAGAAACAGCCACCUGGUCACGGGAAUUUAUAAUACGCACUCAGCAGAUUGGGCUGUAAAGUAGGUGUUUUCUUUGUUACAGCUUAUCUACGUCUUAAACAAAAGCAGCUUUCCUCAUAGAUCCGUCUGUUACAAUUAAACCAAUAAGUCAUUUAAAUGUAACAUCGGACUGCUUGUACUUUGGUUUAAAUUGUAUCCGACUUGAUUAAGUUAUAAAUGUAUUUGAAAAAGGUAAUGACUGCUGACAUGUCAAUGCUGUUUGAAGUAAAAUUUCAUUUUCCUUGCAACCGACAGCUUUCUGUCAGACAUUGCAAUGGAGUAAGCAUGAAACCACCGCCAGACAUUGCAAUGGAGUAAACAUGAAGCCACCGUCCUCAUGCGUCUACAAAAGCUACGACGUAUUGUAAUACUAAUUUCACUCAGUUUCCAGAAACAUUGACUUCCCAUGUAGCCCACGUACAGAACAGGAGCGCAGAGAAUGCUGUGCACAAAAACAAAAGUACGAUAACCAAAUUGAGGCAGGCAGAUGAGAAGGAUCGUGGAUUUACCAGGCUACAUGAACGUGUUUGCUAUAUGUGUUCGUGGCUUACAACACGCUCCAAAAGAGCUAACUAGCCGUGAUAGUAGGCUAAAUUCGUAUACUGGCUUUGCGAAACCGAAAAUCAAGGGUUUAGCCCAAAAUGGCCUUCGAUGUUUACAUCUGCUCGCUUCUUAAUAGGCUGUGAUGUGAUUGGACCUAUUUCAUACGGUCUAUGGUUUGGACACGUCACGAAAGACAAGCUUCAAACAAGGUCAAAGUUUAAACGAUUUCAACUUCGAGUUGAUUGCAACCAUUUUUUACAGUCUCUGAUUGCAACUUGCCAUUAUUUUGAGCUGUGCGCUACGCCAGGCGCGUUGCUAAUAGUUUGACGCCAGGUCGAGUGUUUUGACGCUGAUCAUGUGCAAGCCGCUUUAUUCCAGAAGGUGCCGUGACUGGCCCCAGAAGUGCACAGUCCUGGUCCAGAGUAGGACCCAAUUAGAGCUGAAUUUGCGCUGGACAUUUCACUGCGUAGCAGACCAUAGCCAUCCAGGCAACGACCUGAUCACUUCGCUUCCACGAGGAAGCCGCUACCGCUGGGAGCGCUAUCAAGACAGGCAGGGCUGUUGAUACCCAAGUGACUCCUCCUUGAAGAGAUUCCGUGGAGUGCCUGUGAUAAACUCUGCACUGGAGCUGGUGCUGUUGGGAUCAGAGAAGACUCUUCUAAACCAAGAUAUGGACAACAAUUUCCAGAUGGCAAGGCAGUGACUACGGCGGAGCCCUGUCGCGCCCACAGCGCCCCCUCUCGGCCCGGGCGGCCCACCAUGCCCCGGCCAUGAAGGGAUACCAUGUGAGCCGCAGCCUCUCCCAGCAUUCCUCAGCGCCAUGCCACUGCAUGCCCGAGGACUGCGAGGUCCCGCGGGACUACAUGCCCCGCCCGCCGGACCACCGCGGCGCCGCCGAGCACUACCAGGGGCACGGAGAGCACCCCUACUACCCCCCGGGGGCGCCCCCCGAGCCCCUGGCCCUGCCGCUCUCCGGAGGGGGCACCUUUCCCCGGGCGCACCCCAGCCAGCAGGCCUACGACUCCUGUGAGGAGUGCCUCUCGUCCGGGCAGGGGGGGCACCCGCCAGGGGGCAAGGCGCACCGCAUCCCACCGAACCUGCUGGACCAGUUCGAGAAGCAGCUCCCCUUCCACCCGGACGGCUUCCACACGCUGCAGUACCAGCGCACGGCCAGCGGGGAGCAGCGCAGCGAGAGCCCCAGCCGCAUCCGCCACCUGGUGCACUCGGUCCAGCGGCUCUUCGCCAAGUCGCACUCGCUGGAGGCGCCGUCCAAGCGCGAGUACAACGGGACGCGCUCCGAGUACCGGGAGCGGGGCGGCGGGGGCCACCGGGGCGGCGGGGGGGAGGAGCCGUCCCCGCACUACGGCACCCAGCACGUGUCCCGCUCGGCCCGCCGGAGCAAGAGCCGCGAGCGCAGCAAGAGCGGCGACUACCGGCGCGAGGCCCGCCACGAGCCGCGGCACCGCAGCCGCACGGCCGGCUGGUGGAGCUCCGACGACAACCUGGACAGCGACAGCAGCUUCCUGGUGACGGCGGCCGGGCUGGCCGCCCGGGGGGGCCGCGGGAUGAUCCAGGCCCACGAGUCCCUGGACGGGGCCAUCCAGGACCUCACCCUCAAGGCCCUGAAGGCCAAGGGAGCCCCGGGGGAAUGCCUGGCCUGCACCGCCAACGCCGGACACUCCCUCAAGAGGAGCACCUGGUCCACCAUGACCGUCAGCCAGGCCCGAGAGGUGUACCCCCCGCACAGGGCCGGCUACGACAAGGCGCUGGUGCCCCUGGAGUCGAAGCUGAAGGAGCGCAGCUACCACUACCUCCAGGUCCCCUCUGAUGAGUGGGGUGGGGGGUAUCCGGGCGGGGGCACGGACAGCGGAGGGGAGAUCCCCUGCCGCAGGAUGCGCAGCGGGAGCUACAUUAAAGCCAUGGGGGACGACGACAGCGCCGAAUCGGACGCCAGCCCCAAGGCCUCGCCCAAAACCGCCAUCAUCGCCCAGAGAGAGGCCUUCCGCCGCUCCGUCAGCAUGGACCAUCGCUCCUCCAGCUCCAAAUACUCCUGUAAACAGUGCACUGAUGCCUACUCCAACAGCCGCAGCACAGCCAAGGGACACACGCGUUCUCGGAGCUACACGCGUUCUCUGACCAGCUCACAGCUGGGAGACGCGCUGAAUCGGCAGUUCGAGGCGGUGUGCGAGACGGUCUUUGGGGAGAUGGAGUCCCAGGCCGUGGAGGCGCUGGACCUGCCUGGCUGCUUCCGGACCCGCAGCCAUAGCUACGUGCGUGCCAUCCAGGCCGGCUGCUCCCAGGAUGACGACUGCCUGUCUGUCUUCUCCCUGUCCGGCCCCCAGGGAGGGCCCAAGGGCGGAGCCGUGUUUCCCCACAGGAAGGCACCCCCACCCCUCCCACCCCGGAUUUCCAAGCCCCUGAUUUCGGUGACAGCACAGAGCAGCACGGAGUCCACUCAGGAUGCGUAUUUCCAGAGCACGGGGCAGCCGGCUCCAGGACGUCCCAAACAGCACAGCAACUCCUUGGAUGGCCUGGAAGGGGGUGGGGGGCGGUCCUCCAGGGCCGAAUACUACCAGGGGGCAGGGACCGGGCGCACCAAACACAGCAACUCGGCCGAGAGCCUCGACGGGCCAAGGGGGUCCAGGGAGACCUCAUACCAAGGGGGGCCAAUGAGGGCCAAGCAUAGCAGCUCUGCCGAAAACCUGCUGGAGGGGGGUGGCAGGGCGUCCCGGGACAGGGUGGGAGGCAGCCUGGGGAAGUCCUCCUCCCUCCCCCAAAACAGCGUGUCACUGAGCAAGGGGCCUUCUGGGGGAGCAGAAGAACACAAGCAAGAGGCCCGCGGGCGCAAGUGGAGGCCCUCCAUCGCGGUGCAGGUGGACAGCUCAGAGACUCUUUCGGACUCAGACACAGAAAGCAAAGUGCUGCGGGAGGUGCACUCCAUCGGGGUCCAGGUGGAAGAGGAUAAGAGACGGGCGCGCUUCAAGCGCUCGAACAGCGUGACGGCGAGCGUCCAGGCGGACCUGGAGCUGGAGGGCUUCCCGGGCGUGUCCACCCAGGACAAGGCCCUGCAGUUCGGCUGCUCCUUCCAGCGCCACUCCUCGGAGCCGGAGUCGGCGGGCCAGUACGCCGAGUACCGCACGGUGCACACGCAGGGCCAGUGGGCCUACCGCGAGGACUACCAGGGCGGCUACGCCACCGAGCCCUGCCCCGUGGACCCCCGCCUGCGCGCCCACUCCCCCCUGCCCCUGGCCAUGGAGCGGGGCUGGUCCGAGGGGCCCCGCAGCCUGCCCGACUCCGGACGGGCCUCGCCCUGCCUCCGCGACGGCGAGUUCUUCCUCCGCCUGCUGCAGGUGGAGGUGGAGAGGAUGGAGGGGUGGUGCCAGACCAUGGAGAGGGAGGCGGAGGAGAACGACCUGCCUGAGGAGAUUCUGGAGCUGAUCCGCAGUGCCGUGGGCAGCGCCCAGCUGCUCAUGUCCCAGAAGGUCCAGCAGUUCUUCCGGCUCUGCCAGCAGAGUGUGGACCCUACGGCGUACCCCCAGCCCAGCUCUCAGGACCUGGCCGGGUUCUGGGACCUGCUGCAGCUGGCUAUGGAGGACGUGCGGGUCAAGUUCCAGGACCUGCAGCGGCUCAAGGACUUGGGCUGGAGGCUCCCGCCCGACAAGAAGGAGGAAAAGAAGCCUCCUCCCCUUUUACCAAAGAAGUCAACAGGAGGUCUGAGUGUGGGCAGGGUUGAAGGUGUGAGUACUGGAGGGGGCGGGGCCGGGGGAGGUGGGGUGUUGGUGGUGACCCGUGGUGGGCGGGCCCUGCCCCUGCGGGAGAAGUCUCUGGACCUGGGCGACCGGCAGCGGCAGGAGGCGCGGAGGAGGCUGCUCCAGGCCAAGCGGGCCGCCUCCUUCCGACAGAACUCCGCCACGGAGAGCGCCGACAGCAUCGAGAUCUACAUCCCCGAGGCCCAGACUCGGCUGUGAGCCGCCCCGCCCCGCCCCGACACCCGGGCACCGGCCUCAGCCCCUCCCCCCAACCCCCAACCCCAACCUACAAAGAACAGGAUAGGGUGACAAAGGCACACUCCCCCUUUGCCACUUUCAAUCAUGUACAGCUGAGAGGGUUAAAGAGAACCUGACAAGAGGGCUCAUAUUUUCAUUUCUGAUCAAUCCUGGACAAAACAAUAUAGGAUAAUUUUUUGUUCGUUUGUUUGAUAAAUUUGCACACUGCAUUUAAAACCAGGAAGUAGCAUUUUUUUUUCAAUCCACAUAAGUGUCACCUUCAGAGAGAACAGAGCUGCACCAGCAGAACCUCAUUAUCUGUGUAUUAGAUGAUGGACUUAUGGGAGAACAGAAAGUGAAGUUAAAUUUGCCAACCGUUUGAAGGAACAGAGAUUGCUGUUCUUGUGCGUGAUCACGUUUACAAAGAGAACUUAGCAAGUCAGACUAAAAAUGUGGCAAGGCUUUAUUUUUUUAAAAUUUUGUUUCCUUUUGGUGACAAUGAUUAUUAGUUUUACCUCCUGCUGUGACUUCCCUCUCACUGUGAAAUGAUUGCGCCCUCCGGUGGCCAAAUCACGCCACGACUAUAAGACUCGCCAUUGACGCUCAGGCCUGCCUCAACCAAGUGCAGUAUUUCAGCUCAGCUCCCCCUGACCAGUGCACCACGAGGACAUCCCUGAGAGUACAAACACAACAUUCGCUUUGUUUUCACUUUGUGUUUUCUCCAAUGCCUUUUUCACACUGCAAUUUGGACUCUUGCUGUUUUAUGUAGUUUACAAAGAAAAGAAAAGAAAUCAGGAAGUGGCAUCUUCUAAAAACCUCCAACAAAGGAAGACUGUCAGAAAAAGGCCUUGUUUCUGAUAUCUCAGCUUCGUGCUGGCUAUUUAGUGACCACUGGGAAAUGCUCUGGGGUUAGUCAUGCAGUGAUGUAGCUUAAACAGCAAUCUUAGGAAAAUGUAGAACGGUAUCUAUUUGUACCGAUUUGUGUCACAGUAAGCUUUCCAUUACUCUGGUCUUCAGCAAUUGAACAGGUAAAGGGGAAAGGAGUGUCUUUUUGUUUGUUGCUUUUUCCCCUUGCCGGCUGUCUUGUUUGGUAAUGUUCGAAAGCUGAAAAUUUGUGAUCUUGACAAUGCACCCAUAAUUUUCUGGUCUUUAUUCAGACCAGUUUUAAAUUUCUGCAUCCAUAAAAAGCAUAAGUCAUGAAGAAUGGUACAAGUAGCUGUGCUGGUGAUUUUGCGAAUGGGUGCAUGUUUUGCUUUGGAAAUACUUUUGGUGUAUUGGCUUUUUUUUUCAAAUGCGCCACGAAAACCUAAUUAUAAAUAUAAUACUGCGUUGACAAGGGAAACAAAUCCCUGGAAAUGCUUUCCUCAUAUCACUGUGGGGUAUAGUUAUAUCUUUUGGGAUAUGCCAAAAAAUCUAACCACUAUCUUUGAAAUCCCAUGCAGUGAUUUCAAGCGGUUUUUUUAUUGCCACAGUUCUCUUUGUCAGCACCUGCCCUCUUGUGGACAGAGUACAUUAUAGCAAAGAACAACUACUGUAGUCCCAGAGCAAUUUUUUUGGAAAAGAAAAAGAAUUAUUUGCAUGAAAAACUGGGAUGUCUUUUAUAAAUUUGAAACUGAAGCUCAAAUGGAGUAUUUUAAUGGGAGAUGUAUAUUUUAUAUUGUUAUCUACAUUUUUUAGAUUAGUAUAAAAUAUAUGAUUAUGUAUGUAUAAAGAUUAUUAAACAUUAUUAAACAUCACAGAGACAUAUGUAAUAUAACAUUAGCCAAGUGAAGCAGUCCUUAUUCGAUGGCAUAUCAUGAUUCAGGCAUGCAAGAGAGGAGCUCGGCUUUCUCUUUUGGGCGGUUGGGUAUAUUUCAGUAGUGCGGUUGUCCAGGUUCACAGGGUUAAACUGUGCCGAUCACAGUCGCCAAAUGUGCUCUCUGCUUUAUGCUUCCUGUCCUCUUUCUGGCUCACUCUUUCUGUGUCUCAUGGUUGUGAUACAUCACAUCCCAAAAAGAGAUGGAAAAUGAGCAGGGAGGCCAUCGCCCUUGUGACUUACUACCUGUAGUAUGCACCGGGAUUUUUUUUGUUUUCUACACAACUGACAACACGUGCCUGAGGACAGCAAUGCGUGCGGCUUAUUUCAUAUGACUAUAAUAACUUAUAUUGUGGCAGAAUAAAUAUGUACAUAGAUUAACAAUAUUUAGAGAUUUUUAAAUAGAAAAAAUAUUUUACUGUAUUAAAAGCCUUGUUGUGAGACUUGAAACAUGAAUCCACGUAUACAAAGACACACACACACAGAAAUACCUUGUCAACUUGGCUUUUGUAUCAGACAUCUCUCAGAUCUAGCUAUUUAUUGUGCAUGCUUUUUGUACGAUGGCCACAAUAAAUUGUAGUUUGUGGCCACAAUUGUUUUUGUCAUCCUGCCCUGUUGUGAAUAUAUAUACAGUAACAUGGCUCUAUCCUAUUUGGCCAAUGCUAUAAACAUAACUUGUUUGUCAAGCUAGUAAAAAUUAUGAUAAAAGUCCUCUGAAUACACCAGUUCUCCCUUCCUGCUUGCAAUUUGAUUCAAGACUGACGAGAAGACUCCUUGUACUGCAUGCUCAAGCAGCCAAAUCAACUUACGAAUAUGUGGGGUCCCCCAAGGGCCCGUUCAAGGAUCCAUAACAUAACAGUGAAUGGUAAAACUUUGAAAAAACGCUUUACCUCUGUGAACUUGACUUACAAUUCAGUAUCAAUGUGCUACACUGCUGAGAUUCUUUCGCAAAGAUUCUACAGCGAUACAAGCUUUCAUAGGUGCGACAUCUCCUAUUUCAUGCCAGAAAUAAUAUAUAUAAUGCAUUCUAUACUUAAGCCUAUGUGAAAGUGUAUAAUAAUAACUGAUGCUGCAGUUGUAUAAGCACAAUACUUUGCCAGUACUGUUCCUUGAAUAUUAAGGACUUGUCACCAUCAGAUCAAUAUUGUUUCGGAAUGAACUCACUGUAAGACAAGAGUUUCAACUAAAGGACCCACAAGUGCUUUUCAUGUGAAAAACAAAAACGGUCACAUGGAUGUGAAGACUGAAACAGUCAGGUCACUUGAGGCAUGAGGUACCAUGCUUGCGUUUAUUGUCUUAUGUCUUUUCUCUCGCAUCUGCAAUAUUUAAUCUGAAUCCCUCGGGGGUGUGGGGGAACUGCAGUGUAUCUUUAACCCUGGGGGGUGUCAGUAUUUACUUUACACAAGCACUAUUAGCCUUUAACUAGACCCCCCAACGUAUGAGUUUGUCAUACAUCAUACAAUAUAGCUGCUGACUGACCAAUUGAUCAGAAAUGAGCUGAGACCAAGUUCAUUUGAAGCACUUGAUAAGCCUUGACAGCUCUUGUGUGACAGGUCUUUGCACAACCAGUACAUAAGUGCUUAAUAAUUGGUGGAACUCUAGGCUAAAUACCAACUCUGGCCUCACUGUACACUUCUACAUUUCCAUGAAGUUUGUUCCUCCCCUGACGUAGAUGGAUAGGGAGCUAAUGGAGAAUGAAUGAAACUAAAGAUCUGGCUUCUCCUCUGGUAGUAACUUUUUCAAAAUCCUAUUGAGGUCUCUUCUUCCAAUGUUUUUGUUUUUGUUUUUGUUUGAAAUAAAGGUCAACACUGUGACUGUGUAGUUUGCAUUAGAACCCGUGCACCAAAAUCAACACCCUCAUUUAACGGCUCUUAGGAGAACCAUGCCUGUUGUAAAUGGUAUUCUAAGUGGGCAGUAAUUGUGCCCUAGUGCUGAUGAGAAUAAUUUGAUCAUAUAUAAUUACUGCACUGUGAUCUUGACCUCCCUCAUUUACAGGCUGCAGAGAUACCUAAACACUGGAAAUUACAUGGGUCACAUACUCCAAAGUAAUUACUGUGUAAUAACAUUUACCCUACACACACACACAUACACACACAAUUCCUCACUUUUAUCAUGUAAAUAUCUCUGUUGAAAUGGAAAUUAGUAUUAUUAAUAUGAAUAUGUACUGUUAUUACGAUUAUUAUCAAUACUAUCACUGUCAUUAUGAAAAGUGUUAUUUCAAUUAUCAGUAUUAAUAACCUUAUUCUGUAUUCAAGGGUGAGUCUGUAAUGUAUAAAAAGAACAUGUGUGUUGGAGGAUUGCUUUUUAUAUUGCUGCUACUAAAGGGCAAGGGUUGGAAGAGCACCUGCCAUUGUUGGGAUGAUGCUGUGAAAAGGGAGAGCACGAACUCUCUGCUCCAUCUUCAAACAGCUGCAUGGCUGCUUCCAGGCAGAGGAGUUUUAUUCCAGGUUAACCUGAGGAAGACUCACAAGAGGCCUGCCAUAUGUCAUCACUGAGCCCCUGGAUCAACUUCGGUCUUACAUAUCGAGAAAAAUUGUUAGUCAGAAAAGAAUUAGCCUCCAGAUCCCUCCCAAAGGGGGACAGACAUUUUUUUAAUGAAUGUUUGGUUAACGCAGCAACACAUUUUCCUCUCUCAUAUUUCCUGACUCUGCGAUUGGCUCCCUGAGAACGAUUUUCAACAUCAGAUUGACCAAUCCAGUUGAUUUCCCCUUUACUUAUGCUGGUUUGAUUCCUCUCUAUUUAUUUUUUACUUGGUAGUUGUUAAUGUGCCAAUGUUUCGACUCUGAAAAUAUUCUUCUCUUGUCUAUUGGUUGAAUCAAGGCUGAAUUGCUCAAACUAAUAGCAAUAGUGACGUCAAAGAGCAGAGAA